UCUAUUAUUAGCUGCGGAGGCCUGACAGUAGGUGGAGGUGGUUCCGUGACGGUCAGGGCUGCAGCUCUGCAGAAGCAACGGCAGGCUCCGGCAGGUCAGCGAUCGUAUUGUCGGCAACGCGCUCGGACCGAUCGCACUGAUCGCGGGGACUUCUCCCGCCGCCCGUUCCCUCGCCUCGCCUCGCCUCGCCUCGCCUCGGAGAUGGAGUCAAACACGAGCCGCGGUCAGGUGCCGGCCGCAUCCGAUGGAGCCCUGCUUCUCGUCUCGUCCGUCGACCAACCCGAUGCAGCACUUCCUCAUGUUGCGGUCUCAGUUGACAGAUUCUGAUAUGGACUAUGAGAGGCCAAACGUUGAAACUAUCAAGUGUGUGGUGGUAGGAGACAAUGCAGUUGGAAAGACCCGCCUUAUCUGUGCCCGGGCCUGCAAUGCCACACUCACUCAGUACCAGUUACUUGCUACACAUGUGCCCACAGUCUGGGCAAUCGACCAGUACCGAGUCUGCCAGGAGGUAUUAGAGCGCUCCAGAGAUGUAGUGGAUGACGUCAGCGUGUCCCUUCGUCUCUGGGAUACGUUUGGAGAUCAUCAUAAGGACCGGCGCUUUGCAUAUGGCAGAUCUGAUGUGGUGGUGUUAUGCUUCUCAAUCGCCAAUCCCAACUCUCUGUACCAUGUGAAGACCAUGUGGUACCCUGAGAUCAAACACUUCUGCCCCCGUGCUCCUGUCAUCUUGGUGGGCUGUCAGCUCGACCUGCGCUAUGCUGACCUGGAGGCAGUGAACAGGGCACGGAGGCCUCUAGCCCGACCCAUUAAAUCAAAUGAGAUUCUUCCUCCAGAGAGAGGACGAGAGGUGGCCAAAGAGUUGGGAGUGCCCUACUAUGAAACCAGUGUUGUUGCUCAAUUUGGAGUCAAGGAUGUCUUUGAUAACGCUAUUCGAGCCGCGCUCAUCUCUCGCCGCCACCUGCAGUUUUGGAAAUCUCACCUCAGAAAUGUGCAGCGACCUCUCCUUCAGGCUCCCUUCCUGCCGCCGAAACCUCCCCCACCUAUAAUCACUGUGCCUCCUCCCCCAACCACCACAGAGGAGCAUCCAGUUGGUCUCCUGGAGGACCCACACUGUGCUGAUGUCAUCCUGGUUUUGCAGGAGCGACAGAAAAUCUUUGCACACAAGAUAUACUUGGCGACUUCCUCUUCAAAGUUCUAUGACCUCUUUAUCAUGGACACACCAAAUGAGGAGAAUGAAAGGCCCUCUCGUGGUCCUCUGUCUGGCAGAGAGCUGCUGAUGCGUGCUGCUAGCUUCGAUGUUUGCGAGAGCAGCGAUGAUGGAGACAGGGCCAACCUGAGGGCCUGCACUAGUGAUGGGACCUUGAAAGACUCUCAAGGGGGCAGAAGGGGCAGGAUGCUCUCCUCGUGGAGCCGAGCCUUUGUCAGCAUCCAGGAGGAGCUGGUCGAUGACCCUCUAACAUAUAACCCCAGGCCCAUGACUGUAGUGCACAUGGACCAGUCCAUGCAGCUAGGUCCUUUCCGUGCAGUCCUUCGCUACCUGUACUCAGGUCAGCUAGACGACAAUGAGAAAGAGUUAAUGCACAUAGCACACAUUGCUGAGCUGCUGGAGGUCUUUGACCUUCGGAUGAUGGUGGCAAACAUACUUAACAACGAAGCCUUCAUGAACCAAGAAAUCACCAAAGCCUUCCACGUACGGCGCACAAACAGAGUCAAAGAGUGCUUGGCUAAAGGCACCUUCUCUGAUGUAGUAUUCAAGCUAGAUGAUGGAACGAUCAUGGCUCACAAGCCUUUACUCAUCUCUAGUUGUGACUGGAUGGCAGCUAUGUUUGGCGGGCCUUUUGUGGAGAGCUGCACCAAAGAGGUGCUGUUUCCCAACACAACUCGCAGCUGUAUGAGGGCUGUGCUCGAGUAUCUCUACACAGGGCGGUUUUGCUCUCGGUCCGACUUGGAUGCAAUGGAGCUUAUUGUUCUUGCCAAUCGUCUUUGCCUCCCCCACCUGGUUGCACUUACAGAACUCUACACAGUAACAGUAUUGACGGAGGCAGCAAUGAUGGGAGCUGACAUUGAUGGAGAUGUGCUGGUGUACUUGGAUAUGGCCCAGUUCCAUGGCGCUCAGCAGCUCACAGGCUGGUGUCUUCACCACAUCUGCACCAACUACAACAGCGUCUGCCGCAAGUUUCCCCGAGACAUGAAGUCCAAGUCUACAGAUUAUUCUGAUGCAGAGAACCAAGAAUACUUUGAGAAACAUCGCUGGCCGCCUGUGUGGUAUCUUAAAGAGGAUGACCACUACCAAAGAGCAAGAAAGGAGCGCGACAAGGAGGACUACCUGUACCAGAGACGGCAGUGCAAGCGCAAGUGGCUCUUCUGGAACAUCCCUUCCUCCCCUAACUCAAACUCUUCUUCCUCUGGCUCAUCUGCUGUCAUCUGACAGUGAAUUGGUAACCAUCUGAAGUGGUAAGGCCAGGUCCACUCCGGAGUCCAUCAGUGUGGAUGCAACUUGUUAAAAAAAACAAAAAAAACAAUAGAAGAUCAGCACUGCUCGCUAGGUACGUCCCAAUUAUUCAGGCGCAGUUCCUCCUCCGGUUUGUUUGCGUUUGCAGUCAAACGACACUCCUGCAGGUUUGCAAGGUCAGCUCAAUCUGGCAGUUUAAGGAGAGCUUUGUUCCUUGUAUUUUUAGCUCUGUGAACAUGACACUCAAACCUCAGUGAUUUGCACCUCACUGACAACUGGCGCAAAUAACGACUCAUAUGGAUUGUUGUGUGAUCCACCAUCUGAGUUUUAGGUUUUAAAAAAAAUAGCACUCUCUCUGCUGGCACAGAACUUUCCACCUAUGGUCAUAAUUAUCAUCAGUGAACCUGAACUGAUGUGAACCAAGUGCUGCUUAUCAGCUGAAACAACCAGCAAUUCAACACAGAUCUUAAGUCUCAGAGAUAUAACACUUUGCCCUUAAGUGUUUGUACAAUCUACCAAAUUAUGUGUACAGUAUGAUCUCAUCAACAAGAUGCCACAAUUGUACAGCCUGCCAGGAAUCAAUUGUGGAAGUCACUGUAACCAUGCUGAUUAUGAUUGUUUAUGCAUUAAUGAAAAUACGUUUCUUUUUGUCCAGUCAUUCUGUUUUUGAAUGUGUGUGUUCGACUUGCACAACUAAGAGAGACGUGGGUCUGGACACACUUGGCAUUUACGUAUUUUCAUUUUGUGAUUUGUGGUCUCUUGUCACAAAAGGGCUUUGGUUUACAUGAAUGCAUUCAGUGUCCUGAGACACAAGAGAUCCCAAAUCAAUACAAAUAUCUGCAUAUUCUGUGAAUUGCCAACAAAAGCAAACCAGAUCACUAUUAUUUUCUGUGUGUUGCUGGAUGAGGCCCAUUGGCACACGUUUCCUGGGUCCUUAAGGUUUUCCUUUGAAUUGGCCCAUCAGCUUGUUAACUGUCAUCCUGGAAAGCUACACAUGAUGCAUCUUUAAACCAACGGCGGCAUUUCCUGAGCCGAAGCAACCACUUGUACAUUACCAUUCCUCUGUGACAAACUGCUUGACAAAUCUGUCACUGGUGGUGAUAUGACUUUUAAGAGAAUGUGUCCUAGUUGAUAGGAGGAGGCCCAUUGACUGUCUGCAGUUGGCUGUGUAAGACUUGUACAUGCAGGGCGCUUCCUCAUGCCUCGGUGAAGUCAUCCUCGUUCUUCUCCACAUCUCGAGCACUUUCUGGACUCUUCUCCACAGAGACACACACAAAACCCUCCAGUAGCAGCAUCCUGACGAACGGCACCGAGGACAGUAUGGUGUCAUGACACGCUGUGGGAAAAUGGAACUGCGGAAGAUACCAUACCAUGGUAAUUGGAAUGUUUUGAGGUAAUUGGAAUGUUUUGAAAAAAAAAUUGUAAAGAGGUCUGGAUCAAAUCAUUUUUCUUGAUUUGUUGAUUUGCACACUUCACAAUUUAUGUUCAAGAUUGUCAUCUAUUAUUGGACUCGGUUGUAGGAUGGACUGCUGCAUUACUUGGAUUUGUAAACGUGGUGCUGAGUGAAUUAUGGUUAGUAUUGUAAAUUGUACAAAAUAUCAGAUGAACUGCUAGUAACUUGCAUCACCAGAAUGUGCAGUUGCCUAAUACUGUGCACUGCAGGCAGUGAGCAGUAUCAUACAGUAUUACCGGGUAAUACAUAUACUGAAUCUAGACUUGACUUGUCCGACUUGCAUUUAGUUACUGUGCAGCUACAAACUGUUGUUGAAAAUUACUGAAUACUCAUCAUGAUGACCUCCAGUUUCAUCUAUUAUAUGCUGUAGUAUACAUGCAAAUUACAGACAGUUCAGCUGAAAAGUUGAGCAAUAGUGAAAUAUGAAUACAGUGCAAAGUAAAGUAGACAUGUGCUUAUAUAAAUUACAUAGAACACACCAUUGUUAUCAAAAGAGUAAAUUCCGAUUGCAGCAUUUGCUUUUGCUGCAUAUGUUAAAGAAAGUCUUGCUUUUAAUUCUGCAUAUGGUUGGUUAUACAUCUCCAUACAGUUUUUGACUAGACGUAUAUUAGAUAAAGCCCAACAAAGAGCUUUUAAAGUGGUAUGAAUCAAUUCGGUGGCGAAACCAAUUUCUUGCUUGUAAUAACUCCUGACCUAACUACACUGCAUGAACAGGGAUGAAGUUCAGUCAUCGUCAUUUAAAGUGUGCGCUAUAGACAAGUGAUGGUGCUGGUGCUCUAAGCAGUGGCUUUAAAUUGUCAAUUGCAUUAAUUUUGUCUCUUGCUAAUCAAACGUAGCAACUGUCAUUCUGAAUGUGUUUAAUGGUUCAAAACACUUUGGCAUACAUCGUCAGACAUUUGGCUAAGGGUUGGGCCUUAAGGAGCUCGGUACUCUUUCAGAGCCAGCUUUAUUCUAAUUCUGAAUGUUUUGAUUUAUAAAUAUAUUACAUUAAUGGAUGGACAUGUGUAAUUGACAAACAAUAGCAUCCACUUUUCACACAAAAUACAGUUCUUCAUAAUAGUUAUAGCGGGAGGGUCUCAGUAGUUAUAAUUUGCCUUGGUGGCUGUGAUUUAUAAAGUUCAUAGACAUGCAUUUCAUUCUUCAGUGCACAGCAUUUCUCAGUGAAUCUACUGCUGAUGUUUUGCAUCAACAACACCUCAUGCCUUAAUGUACAGUGUAGUGUAUGGCAUUGGAAGUAGUGUUACUAUGGAUGGUAGUUUGUCUGCUAUAUGUUAAGUCACCUUGGUGCUCUCUGUGUGUGCAUUUGUAAAUGUACAUUGUCCAUUACUUGGAUGUAAAGCAAUCGACUGGACUAGACUAACACAAGGACAAACCGUCAAUUUGUGACAUUAACCGUAAAAUUAAUGCAGGGAUUUGGAUUUCCUUUUACUAUUUCAAAGCCGCUUUAUGCUGAUGAGCUCCAUUUUGGGGGAAAAGCUGAGACAGCUUGGCCAAUGGCAGUUAGAUUUAACUCAAACAUGUAAAUACAAAUUGUUGGAUGACUUGCAAUUCAAACUUGGCCGAGCAAGUUUUGCAUAGUUUAAAUAGGCACUGUUUCUGUACUAUGCAUACUAAAAUGUCUGACUUUGAAACUGCAAACUUGCACUGCUUUGGAGCACCAGGUUUUAUUCAAUUUGCAUUAAAUAGUAUGGCAACGUCAUCAGUUAGGCACACAUCAGGUAAAAAACAACAACAACAACAGAUUAGAUCAUAAAUUACAAAGACGUUGACACUGGGGCCCUUUUCCAUAAGUUUGGGUGCUAAUAUCACCGCUGCAGAGAAGCACAAACCAAAGGGAGCUUUAGCAGCACCAGGAAUAUAUUAAAUAUGCUGCACAAUCACUUCUGCAUAGUUUAAGAGGCCUUGUUCUGAAAUUGUUGAAAAAUAAAUAAAUAAAUGAAAGAAAAAAAAAACAUCAAAUGAAAAGAAAAAAAACUUGAACGUUUUCUCAGUGUUCAAAGCCUAGAUGACAUUUUCCCUAGUCAUCAGGUGUUUUUGUUCUCAAGAGCUGUUUUAUUGUUUAUGAGCUGUAAAUCUUAAAUUCUGUAGCAUGUGUUCUUGAAAAUGUGUAAAUAAUAUUUACUAAAUAAAAAUGGAGCAACGUGUGCAA